AUGAUCAGUGUUCUAACGAGAGAAAUCGAAACCUUAAACAAGUUAGUUUUGACCUUAAUUGAUAACAAUGGCCUUCUGAAUUCCCGAAUUAGCGAUUUGGAGUUAAAAAAUCGAGAACUAGUGGCUGAAAUUGGGUAUUUGAAGGCUAAUGCAAGCAUAAACAAUACAUCGUCUCCUCUCCAUGCCCCGCAGUUCCCAAUGUUUUUACAAGAGACAGAGACAGAGAAGACAGCAAAAUCUGCAACAGCUGAUUUUGGACAUGAAGUGUCGACCGUUGUGGCGACUUGGCCGAAAAACAAAGAUGGAAAAGAAGACCGUGGGAAGCAUAACCUCAAAAGUUCGUCCAAUGUAAACAUAAAUACUCAGGCUAAAAAUAAAAAUAAAAAUAAUCUUAUAAGCAAUAGCCAAGUUCAAAAAGCGAUUAAUGAGGCAGUGAUUCAAACUAUUUUGCCAAAAUACUCGGAAGCACGUCCACAAGAUAAAAAGUUGGGAAAGCCUGAAGAUUUUGAAAUAGAAGGUGCUGCAAGAGAAUGCGAUGAAGAGAAAGUAAUCAAGAUAAACAAAAAGAAAGUUGCUCAAGCUUUACGACGCAGAUUGAGUGACUUGCAACAUCAACGAGAAUUUAUUGUGCGAUACGUUGAACAAGUGCCAAAGAAGUCUAGUACAACGGCUAAGGCAAGAUCGCGACGUCGCGACUUGACUUUAAAAAGAAUGUACUCAAUGAUGGUAGAAGAGUUGUGUCUCAACGCUGAAAAACCGUGUUUUACAACAUAUCGCAAUGUUUUUAAAGGCAUGAAUCUCUCGUUUCAGAGGCCGAAAAAAAAACAAUGUGGUUUAGGUUUAUGCAAAACUUUUUACGAAGGAUCAAAGGAAACAGAGUUGACACUACAAGAUAUUUUUGAGGAUUACACAAAAUUCAGAAACGCUGUGCGGGAUCUCAAAAAAAAAAAAAAGAUUGCAGCUCAAAAUAAUCCCAAGUUGCUUUGUUUGUCUUUUGACCUUCAACAGGUAAUUUACUUGCCUGCAUCAAACCACGGUGCUAUUUUCUACAAAAGAAGAUGGCUGUGGAGGACAAAACCGGAAUUCCAUACUGUGGCAGGAGCUCUUUUGUACAUUAUUUCGCAAUUGAAGCACGUACAAGAAAUAAGCCUUCGCCUUUUUACCACUAAUCAUGGACAAAGUGAAGGAGACUCGACUCAUAGUGCUAUUUCGUACGCGAUCAAAAAGGCCGGUGAAUGGUUUGUACCAUCGCAACUUAUACCAGUCUUUCGACUUGCAAGAAAAGCGAAACCCUAUGAAGAGUACCCCUUAGAUUUCAAUGAUUUCUUGGACUUCAAAGCAUUUGGUGAAAACCUGAGAGUCCGCUCUAUCCGAAUCGAUGAUGAUGGAAAAGCUUUCAAACGGACGGAGAUGGUAGAAUUUGAAAUCAGGAAGAACUAUUUAAAUUAA